AUGUCGUCCGCUUCCCUGACCGCCGCGUCCAUCAUCUUCCUGGCUGUCGUUUCUGCGCUCGCCGUCUACCGAGCGCGCGGUGACGCCGGGGCCACCUCCUUUAUUGUGUUGGCCGACCUGCUGCUGGCGUUCUUCCUCCUCUCCGUCCGCUGGUUCGAAGUCUUGCCCCCCGGAGACGCCGCUAGGAAGAGAAAGGCUAAGGUGAUAAUAUGCCUGUCGGCCACGUCAGUGAACCUGCUCUUCUCCUGGAAAGUGUCUUUCAUGAUGCCGCUGGGUUUCGCGGCGGUCGUCUGGACCAUCUCACUCACCACCGUCGUAGCUGGAUUCUACCUUCUCUUCUGUCUGGAAGAAAAUUAA